AUGUCGUCCUCCUUCGGCGAGAUGGACGACUCGUUCCGCGUCCUCUCCCUGCCACCUACAGCCACCGAGGCAGAGAUCAAAAAGGCGUACCGCAAGCUCUCAUUACGCUACCACCCGGAUAAAGCUGGCAAGGAUGUCGAUCCCAUCAAAGCUGCAGCUCGCUUUCACGAGAUCAAUCUCGCCUACGAGACGCUCAUGGAUCCUGCGGCGCGCGCGCGAGCAGUACAGAGAAACGCUGAGGAUGCAGCCAAGCGAGAAAGACAAGAACAGUAUCAAGGCAGGCGUCGUCAGAUGGCAGACGAGCUCGAGAGGAACGAGCAGCAGGCGUUGAGAAAACGUCAAGAUGCUGACAAAGCGGCGAGAGAACGUAUCGCCAAGAUCGCCGAGCUGCAAGCAGAGUCGCGCCGGUUGAUAAAACGCAAGCAGCAGGAGGCGGACGACAAGACACGGCAGACGAAUGAGGCUGCAGCGGAGAAGAGGAGCAAGGAAGAAGAGCGCGCCAAAGCCGAGAUCGAGCCGGAGCUGCAUCCGUUGGACAAGACCGUGAGGGUGCAGUUCCCCACCUCACAGCUGCCGCAGCUGACAGCGAGCGCCUCAGGAUCACUCGCAGCACCAAGCGACCCACUCACGACACCCUUGGCCAAGACGUUGCAGAGUCAAUUUGGAGAGCUAGAGCAUCUGCAAUUUCAGCUUCCAGCGUCCGGCAAGAAGAUCAAGAGGGAGCUGAUGGCGCUUGCCACUUUUAAGACGCUUGCCAGCGCGUGGCAAGCAGUGGCGACGGGAGGCGAGAUGCGAUGCACCGGUUUGCUCGAGGAAUGCUUCAUCGGCUGGGCCCAAUACACGAGAAACAGCGAGACGAAGGAAAAGGUCUACGUCGAGCCCAAGAGGGUGUCGUGGUACAAACAACGUGGUAUUCUGCGACCCAGCGACAUCGGACGAGUUCGACCGACUGUCAUGCCACUUGAUGACGCUCGAAUGGACCACACGCCACAAGAGUCGUCAUCCACAUCGGCCGUCUACUCAAAAGCAUACGAAGACCGCACAUUGCAACGACUCAGAGAUGCGAUACAGAAGUCCUCGCUCCCUCAAGCUCAAGCAGCUCAAUGA